AUGGCCUUCUACUUAGCAGCUCUCCUCUGCCUGGCCGUGUUGGCGCCCUUCGCACCCGUCCAGGCCGACUCGUCCGUCUUCUCUCAGUUCAUUGGCGCCACUGUUGCGCCCACCCCGAGCGACACCAGCGCCAUUCCUUACUUUAGCAUCUGCACGAACUAUCUCCACGGUCUGCCGGCGCUGACUAACCUUUCCCCCAGCGAGUCGACCCAGCUUGAGCAAGUGGCGGUCGACGGGGUGUGUCAAUUCUGCACCAGCCUCGACCAAACCCGGAUCGACUCGUGCUGCGCGCAGGCCACGUCCUCGGCCUGCUUCGACCAGUUUGCUGCCGCCAAUGCGAAUGCUGCGCAAACGACGCCCGCCUCGGCCAGUGCCACGCCUACUACUGCCUUGACCGGCGACUCAGGCACAACAGCCAGCAGCUCCUCCAAUGCCGGUAUCAUCGGCAAGGCAAGUCUCCGCACCUCAUCAGCCGUGACCCCGUGCUGA